AUGGGGGCUUUACCAAAGGACCUCUUCGUGAACGCUUCUCCCAGUACAUGUAAUUCUAGGUUGGGAAGGUUUGCAAAAUCCUCGAUACAGUACCUCAAUUCGUCUAUCUCGCAUCUACAAUUCAUGGAUGUCAAUAACCAGAUGGCCCGGAGCAAGAGCGGGUCGGUCGACGCUGUUCCCAAGAGCCAAGCAGGCAAGGGCGGCACUGCUCAGAAGAUCGGCACGCCCUCGAAAAACAACAACAACAAGCAGGUGACCAAGCCCUCCGCCCAGAAGACGCAGGUCAAGCAGGCGCCCUCCAAGCAGGUCCAGCAGACGAAAGGCGCGGGCGGCAAGAAGGGCAAGAAGGGCCACAAGCAUCAGCAGUACGACCUCAUCGUCACCAUCGACCUGGUGGAGUACGGGCUGACAGACGACCUCGUGGCUGAGUUCAAAGAAGCCUUCAUGCUCUUCGAUAAGGAUGAGGACGGCAUGAUCACGACGGCGGAACUCGGGGUCGUUAUGCGGUCCCUCGGUCAGCGCCCUUCAGAGACGGAACUGCGCAAGCUGGUGGGCGAGGUGGAGACCUGCGCCGACGGUACCAUCGAGUUCAACGAAUUCCUGCAGAUGAUGAGCAAGAAGCUGAAGGACAUCGGGAACGGCGACGAACUCAAGGAGGCCUUCAAGGUGUUCGACAAGAAGAACUCGGGAUACCUGUCGUCCACUGAACUCCGCCACGUCAUGACCAGCAUGGGAGAGAAGAUGUCCGAGCAGGAGGUGGAGGACAUGAUCAAGGAGGCAGCCCCGAACGGCGACGGUCGGGUCAACUACGAAGAGUUCGCCAACAUCAUCGCCAGAAAACACUAAAAAGGAAGAAAAAAA